GACUUAAGAGUGCUAUAAAGUGGGUGUGGAACUUUCUUUCUCUCGUCUUUUGAUGUUUUUAACUCCUGUGAGUUUUACUUGUCUCUUUACUCUGCACUCUCUUCUCUGUGAUUUUGAUCAUUGGUUGGCUUUGGACCCAAUUUCAUGGCAGCAUACGAUUGCAGAGAAUCAAAGCAGCAUUCCCAAUUUCACGUUACUUAAUGUGCUUUGAAAGAUGCAAACCUGAAAGAAGGUUAUUGCAAUAAUCACAUCAUUUGAAUUGGGACUGCCUCCGGGCAGUAGAAUCCAUCUUAUAUUUCAUGUGUCUCAGCUGAAUCCAUAUCAUGGUGACCCAAAAUAUAAUUCAUCUCUGAUUCUGCUUUUAGCGGUUCUAGAUUUGGAAAAUUGGUGGAUCUUUUAAGAAGUGAUAUUUUAAUGCUAUAAUGUUGUGAUUAUAAAAUCCUGUUUUCUGACCUAACAUUGUCUUGAAUAAAGCCUAGACACACAAAUAUGUUAUUUUAGCUCCUUGGAACUUCAUAUAAUUGAUACUCAUGUAUUGUCCUGUAUAUACUUUAAGCAUAAGAUGUAUACCCCUUUGGUAGUGGAUUUAGAACAUGAUUUGAAGGUUAACGAUAUUGAUAUACUGGUUUUGUGCAUGCAAAGUUGUUAUAACAUACUGGUUUUGUCCUAUAUUAAGCUAAAUUUCUUUACUCAGGAAUCAAGAUGUAUGUCGUGGUUUUGUUCCAUAAAAAGUGGCAGUUUUUGCUUAGCGGGCUAUACAAAAUCAGUACUCAGGAAUCAGGAUGUAUGUCGUGAUUUUGUUCCGUAAAAAGUGGCAGUUUUUGGCUGGCGGGCUAUACAAAAUCGGUACUCAUGAAUCAGGAUGUAUAUUGCAUUUAUUUUUUGAGUGUUCUGUUUUUUUUUAUAAGACAUGGUUGGAUUUGACCGAUUGGAUGGGGAUUAAAGUAGUAUACCAUAUCAAUUGUAGUUCUCAUCUCAUUCUUUCUCCGGAAUAGUCUAAGGUAGGAAAGAUACAUAAUUGGUAUAAGAACAAUUUGACUUGCUUGUCUAUGGAUUAUUGGGAAGGCUAAGAAUGCGAAAAAAAUUCAGGAUAAAAAUGUUUCGACCGAUACUAUUUCAGAAAAGGUAAGUGCUUUCCUGAAACUGGAUAAGGUCAAAAUCAUCGAGGUUUGGAUAUGCAAUAUCAAAGUUGUGGACUAACCCUCUACCUUUUUUAGGAGUUGGCGUCAAGUCAGAAGAUUAGGGGAGAUCUGGUGUAGAAAUCCCAUUUCUGCUUCAGGCUGGCAUUCUAGUCAGGGAUGGUAAAAAUCAUUACUUCUGAAAUGGGAGGUAGGAAAUGCAAUGUGUUGAGGGUUUUUGGAGUGUUUAGUGUUGGUGUGUGAUCCUUGUGUAGUCAGUCAGCUGCUUAGUCUUCACCGAAGUGUAUUUUGAUUCUGGUUUUGUUGUGGAGGACCUGGAAUUGUUUUGUUGUGCAGAACAUUAACUUGUAACUUACACUUCUCUUCAACAUUAUUGGCUGCAAUGAGCUCUGGAUGCUGUCAGGUGCAAUGGUUGUGAAUGAUAAAAACUCCCGUAAAUAGAUGGUCUAUCCAUUAAGGCUGAAAGUCUAGCUUUAUCUCAACAAGGAAGGAGUUUCAACCAUGGAGUAAGAUUCUCUGUGAACACAGCUUCACGCGGCAGUGAACCAUAUCUUAAACUACCUAAGGCUGUCUGAGAUGCCCAUUUAGGCGCAGAAUAAGAGCUAGAAGACUCUAGGAAGUUUAUUGAAGCACAAAAGAAACCUGACAGAGAAUGGGUUAACUUUGAUAUAACUCAAUUCAAAUUCAGAUAAGUACCUUAUGAUAUCUCUCACCACCACCACUCUGGUGCUGACGCCAUUAUCAUUGGUCACAUGUUCGGCGGCACGUCAUCCACAUACAACUACGGUUAAAACUGACAGAAAACAAAGGCAAAAUAAUGCAGGUUUCAGCGGCGAGAAGAAGGAAUUGUCGUGGCAUUGCGUGGAAGGUUGUGCUGCUUGUUGUAAGCUUCAAAAAGGUCCUUCUUAUCCAUCUCCUGAAGAAAUUUUCACCGACCCUUCAGAUGUUGAGCUCUACAAUAGCUUAAUAGGACCAGAUGGAUGGUGUAUACAUUAUGAAAAGAGUAGCAGAAAAUGUUCCAUUUACUCUGAGCGUCCGUAUUUUUGCCGUGCGGAGGCUGAGGUGUUUGAAUCUUUGUUUGGAGUCAAACAGAAGAAUUUCAAUAAGGAGGCAUCCAGGUUCACCUUUCUCAGGUUCGAUUUCCUCUGGAGCCAAUUUCGGUGGGCUAAGUCCAUACAGAGCUUGCUCUGGCUUUAAAUGUGGCCCCCGCAAGUGGGUGGUGGGAUUGGUCCCCUCGGAUUAGUCGAUUCUUGAUCGGAUACCGAGUUUUCAAAAAAAAAAAAAAAAAAAAAAAAAAGUUUCACCUUUCUCACUCACUUUUCAAAUUAAUUUCUUUUACUUUUGUUUAUGGAGAAUCACAUUAUGAAGUUUAUUUAGUUGAAAUGAUUUUCUUUUUAUUUUAAAUGAAAGAUAAUUACUUUGGUGGUAUGUAAUACUGAUAUGCUAGUGGCCAAUGUUUUUUCUUUAAAACUCGAUAUCCGGUUCAAGAACCGACUAAUCCGGGGAUCAAUCCCAUUGUCCAAUUGUUAGUAUAAUGAGGGUUAAUUAUCUUUUGACUUUUAUGUAUUUCAAGAAAUUGGAACAAUUUCGGGCUUUCGAUCUGAAGCAUCAUUUAAAUAGGGUUAGCAUUUUGAGAUUCUACCUCUUUACUUCGAUCUGCAUUAGGUGCAGCUAUGUGUCAGAAUUUUACUGAAGAACCUUACUUUGUACUAGUUUCUUUUGUUUAUGAGGAGGUUCUGUCAUCAAGCUUUUGAGGCAUA